UUUAUUAUUGUUCCUUAGAAUUUUCCUCAAACUUCUUGUCAUAUAAAAGCUUGGAUUUCGCAAUCAGCGUCAGUCAAACCAAAACAAACAUGUACAAUAUACUCACAUUGCUUAUUUUGGUUUCCAUAACCAAUGCCCGGGAUAUUUCCCUCGGUUCUGAAGGUGGCACGAAAAUAUUUGAUGAAAACUUUCAAGCAAGUCCCGCCAUAUGGAGACAAAUGCAAAAUGUAACAAUCAAUACAACAGACGACGAAGUGAUAAGUAAAAUCAUAGUGAAAGAUCUUAGGCCCGAAAAAGACGGAGAUGUAGAUAUCGUCGAUGGAGGAGAAGGACAGAAAAAACUUACUUUAGAACUCAAAAGCCCAACUGUGUUAAGAGGAUACGAUUUUCAUGUGGAAGUUUACGCGACACCAACAUCACAGGCAAAAGUUAUAGAUGACAAAAAACAACAGGAUUUAACUCAUCCUAAGCAAAUAGGAGGUCCUAAAAACCCAUUAGAAACUUCAGGAUCUAAACUUGCCUUACCACGUACAAAUGUUGAUACCACUAAAGUACCUGAAUCUUCAUUAUCUGCAGAGAAUAAAAAGUAUGACAACGAAAGAAAAACUCGUGACACAACUCACGAUACUAAGAAACAAAAUGAAGACAAUCUGAAGCCUAAGAUUCCAUCGCUUACUGGAAUUGAAACAAAAGAAACAGAAAUACCAACUAAAUAUGCAGGAAAUCAAAAAGACGGAGCAAAUAAAUCAGAGGAUCACGUAACGGAGAGAAAUAAAAGUGCUGAUAUCGUAGGAAAAGAAACAAAACCAAUCAAUGGAGAAGCAAGACACACUCGUGCGACUGAAGAAGAAGAAGAUCAAAAAAUCUUAUCGGACAUCUAUAAAAAAGCUGGUAACGAUGAUUUUUCAAGAUCUACUACUAAAAGACCCACUUUUGUACAAUUGAAUAAGGACAAAAAUAGUGCUCCUCUAAGUCCCCCAAUAGCCAUUGCUAAUGACAGAAAUGCAAGAGAAACUAGCAAAGAUGAUAAAUCUGAUGAAACUUUGGCACCAGUUGUUAGUAAUAGAAACAACCCUACGCAUACAACGUCAUCACCUUAUGGUAGAAAUAUACCAUCAACUUUAAGUCAAGAGGUUCCAACAUUUGGCUUAAAAAUAAAUACGAAAGACCAUUCAGAUCCGAAGAGCAAUACUAAUUCAGAAAUAAAUGGCAAAAGCGCACAGGAAUUUCCUACCAUUAUAUCUAAGGAAAACGACAAAACUGAAUCUAUAAUAAAUGAUAAAGAAAGAACCACACGAGACAUUCAUAAUCCAGAUAAUAAUGAAAAUUACAACAUAUCUAGAACAUUAAGUUCAUCGAAUAUUAACAAUAAUGAAAAUAAUGAACAGUUAAGAAAUUCACCUAGUGCACUCAAAGACUUAAACACUCAUGCGCUACCACUCAACGAUCAAAAUAAAAAUAGCAACCCUGUAACGUCUAAUAUUGGAAUUAAGCCAAAAGUAGAGAACAAGGACGAGAAACAACCUCCCACGAUAUUUUCUAACAAACACGACAAACCGGCUGUUACAAUGUUAAGUGAUAAAGAAAGAACUAAACGAGACACACAUAAUGUAGCUAAAAAUGAAAAUUACAAUAUACCUAAAUCGUUAACCUCAUCCAAUAUUACCAAAAGCGACGAAAAUAAUGACCAAUCACUUAAGACAGAAGAUAUAAACACACCAAUACUACCUCUGAAUGGGCAAAAUAAGAAUGGUGAGCCAUUGACAACCUCUAACAAUGCCAACAAUCCAGCGACAGAAAACAAGGGAACAACAACUCAUCUAGGAACUUCAGAAUUGACAAAUCCACUUGAAACGAACACUUAUUCGCAAACGUCAAGUCCAGGACCAAACGUGCACAAAUAUCCUAUACCGUAUCCCUAUGCUGGAUCAUACACAACCCCGAAAUCUGAUCAUAAAAGAGAUACAAUAUCUGCUGAUACGGGAAAGAACUCCCCAAAAUCUCCACUACUCUCUGCAUCUGAAGGUUUAGAGAGUUCUACUUUGAAAGUGAAUACACCAAGAAUACAUGAGGAACCAGCAGCGUAUUCGACAACGCCAAAGUCGGAACACAAAAGAGAUACAGUACCAAAAGAAAAGAAACAGGAUAAUGAGGAAGAUCCAAAAAUUACUCCUAAAAUUUCUGGCAAUCCAAACAUUACAGAACACGUCAAAACACCUGUGAUAUCUAUUCAAUAAAUUAAACCGAAUUUCAUUUGGUUAAUUAUAUAACUAAAACGUUCCAUAAUAAUGGUAUUUAUUUUUUAUUUAAUACAUGGUUGUUAUAUUAAGUAAUCACUGAAAUAUUGUCUGUA